GGCGUCGGGGGCUCCUCCUGGGCAGCAGCUGAGUCGGAGCCCCCUUUGGGCCUAGUCCUGCUCCCGGGCGUUUCCGAGGGCACUUACCGCUGGGCAGGCGGGCCUCUCUCCUGCUCCUCCCUGCCUUCGCCCCAGAGACCGCCAGCGUCGCUAACGACGCCCCGGAAGGAACCGCCGCUGCUGCCGGGAGGGAGGCAGGGCCUGGGCCUGGCGGGAACCGGGGAGGAGCUCCCAAGAGCCGCGCAAAACUCAAGGAGGAGCCGGGAAACAGGGCCCCAGGGAGGGAGGCCGCGCGGAGCCCCGGAGAUGGAGAGCAGCAUCCAGAAACCGAGGAUAAUCCAGCUAACUGGAUUUAAGAACGAAGAAAAGAAGAUCCUGGUUGAAUUGCUUCUGAAACUUGAAUGUAUUUUCCUUGACACUGAGCAAUACAGGUCUUGUACUCACCUUAUAGCAAAACAGCCUUGCAAGAGUGAAAAGUUCUUAGCAGCAUGUGCAGCUGGAAAGUGGAUACUAACCAAGGACUACAUAAUUAAUAGUGCUGAAAGUGGCAGAUGGCUUGAUGAAACAACUUACGAAUGGGGAUAUAAAAUCGAAAAAGGCUCCCAUUAUUCACCUCAAAUGCAAUCUGCACCUAAAAGAUGGCGCGAAGAGCUGACAUGUUCUGGUGCUGCAGGGGCCUUCCACAGAUGGAAAGUUGUCCUCCUUGUUAUGAGAGGUGAUAAACGAAAAGAUUCCUUGAUCAGGGUUCUAGAAGCAGGAAAAGCCAGUAUAUAUCCAGCAGUAAGUGCACCAAAGGAUAUCACUCACGUGUUAACUAAUACAGCACUAAAUCAAGAAAGUGAAAAGGUCUUUGGAGCUCCAUGCUUUCCAGUUGGCUAUUUGGGAGCAUAUCUCUUAGAGAAUGAAAUUAGAAGUGAUCUUGAAAAAUACCAAGAAAACAAUCUUCAGAGUGAACAAGAAUUAAAGGAAAUGGUGACUGAUACACAUCUUGGUGAAAUGAGACGUGCACUCAUAAGACAUAUAUAUUUUCAACAGGCUAUGCUAAGCAAAUAUACUCAAACGGACCAAAUGAAUGAGUGCAGAAAAGAGGUAAGAAAUUCCCAUUGUUCUAGAAGAAAAAACAGCAUACUUGAAGAGCUAGUAGAUGACCAGUUAUUUUCCAUUGCAAUCACAGAAUUUCUCUCUUGGAAAGAUCUCAUUCCUCCUGUUAAAUUUCUUCAUUCUCUUCUAGAGCACAUACUACAGGGAAAUUCAGACUCUACACUUUCUGUUCAGUUUUUUCACAUAAUGUAUACUCUGCUUCAGUAUGCUCCUCCUUCAAAAUCACCUUCCAUGUUAAGCUAUUAUCUGGAAAUUCUUCAGUGUCCUGUUUGCAUGAGGGGAACGUGGCCUCUGAUGGAGAUGCUUGUAAGGUCUUGUCUUUACUGCAAAGGUGUUUGUCAUUCAGUCCCUGUUUCAGAAAUCAUGUAUGAUGAGAAAACAUUUCACAAAAAUCUGAUAAAAUUUAUCCUGAAUUUGUUCCAAGCUGAAGUGCUGGCAUUAACAAGAAGUUUAUAUGAAGGAGUUGAUUCACAUUUGCAGAUGAUGCCAGAGACAGUUCUUCAGAAGACCUUCUGGUUAGGGAAUGAAUCAGUGCUUUUCACCAAGCAGAUAAAUAUUCUCACAGACUGGGUCACAAAUUCCUAUAAAGAAAAGUACAAGACAAAAGAUAUCUUCAAACAUGAGGUAGCUGAGCUCCUUAAUGGAAUUUUGGGUACUGUAGUGGAAUAUUGGAUUCUUUCUGGAUUCAUGAUGGACAGGAAUGUGUUGCAUCCUGUAGCUGACGAUCUUGCAUCUUAUAUUGUUAUUUCUUGUGAUGAUUUUUCACCAGAAGAAUUAAAAAUAUUCGUGACUUCCAUUCCAUCUCUCUGGCUUGAAAUGUAUGUUGCAGAAGCAGUCUUUAAAAAGUUCUGUUACCAAACUAAUACUUUCAUUUCUACUGAACAACUCUCUCUUGAAAAAAUAGUUUGUUCCUAUCUGCCUGUGUUACAAAUAUGGAUGCGUGAGACAGGGAACAUGCAGAAAGGAAAGAGAGAAAAAAUAGGGCAAUGGCCUUGCCCUGAGUCUCAAAGGGCAUUACUGAUGCUAAAUGGUGAUAAGCAGAACCAAGCCGAAGUGCUGCCUGAUGUACCUGCACAAAACAAUAGUAACUCUGCUGCUGUUCCAAAGAAAUUAAAAAACAAAGCCAAAAUUGAGAUGUCACAUGGCAAAGAAAAUAAUCAUUCUUCAGCUAAACAGACGAACAUUUACAAGGUUAAUAUUAAAGGAGAGACAGCUGUGCAUCUUGCUUGCAAAAGCAACAAUGUGAAGAAAUUGAUUCAUCUUCUUUCUCUCCCAGGAAUAGAUAUCAACGUUAAAGACAAUGCUGGUUGGACGCCUUUGCAUGAAGCUUGUAACCAUGGUAGCACAGUGUGUGUCCGUGAAAUUUUGCAACAUUGUCCAGAGGUAAACCUGUUCAGUCAAGUGAAUGGAGUGACUCCCUUGCAUGAUGCACUGUCAAACGGACAUGUAGAGAUUGCUGAGCUUCUACUUCAGCAUGGGGCUGACAUUCUAAGCCAAUACCUGGCCUCUCUGCAAUUGGUCUAAGUGAUGCAAGAGCCAAUAUUACAGCAAGUCCAGGUCUUCAAUAGAAUGUGGCAUUACACUGACAGAUGUGCAUUUUUCCUGGGUGUCGGUGAAGAAUGACUGGGGGAUGAUACCCCUGUCCUGGGGGAGAAGAUCUACUUGCACUUUCAUCCAUCAAGGUCUUGUGGCAACUGCACAUACUGUGUGUACAGACUUAUCUUUGCUGUCAUCUGCCAGGCUUUGGCCUGUCAAACAGUUUGACAACACAUGACAGGAACUGUGUUGCACAUUCAGUGUAGAGUUACCCAUGUUUGGUGACUAACUACUUUCGAGAGCCUUUCUUCAUUCCUCCCAACCUAAUCCCCAUGCCAUCGCAGCCAUCUAAUUAUUUUAGUUUUUGAAAAUAAGCCUGUAAUGUAAUAUAGGUUGAGUCUACACUAUCUGAAAUGCUUGGGACCAUAAAUGUUUUGGAUUUUAGAGUUUUUUGGAUUUUGGAUAUAUAUAAUGAGGUAUCUUGGAGAUGGGACCCAAGUCUAAACAUUAAAAUCAUGUAUGUUUCGUAUACACCAUAUCCAUACAACCUGAAGGUAAUUUUAUACACGGUAUUUUAAAUAAUUUUGUGCAUGAAAUAAAAUUUAUACACACUGGGCCAUCAGAAAGCAAAGAUGUCACUAUCUCAUUGACUCAUGUGGAUAAUUUUGGAAUAUUUUGGAAUAUUUUUUAUUUCAGAAUUCUGGAUAACGGAGAGUCAGCCUGUAUCUACAUUUAUUUAUCUUAAUUAAUAUGGCUAAUACUCUUCUCCACACACAUGCAACACAACAGUUUAUGACAUCUAUAUCCUAUAAUUCCUCUAUGAAAAACUUAAUUCAGCAUGCAGGAUACUCUUUUAUUCUCACAGCAAACCUGCUGGUGAUUAGUCCAGGGUCAAUUAAUGAGCCUUACAGCUGAGUUGUAAUUUGAAGCUGUGUCUCCCAUUUCUUGCAGUUUAUUCAAGGGUAGACCUGUAUCUAUCCUCAACACUACUCUAACAUUUUUUUCUGCACCGCAAAGCAUUUUAUUUAACACACACUAGCUGCAAUCCAACAUCCCCCUCAGCAUAGUAUAAAUAUUUGUAUGCGGACCUACGCUAUGCUGAGCCAUAUACUCUCCUCCCAACUUACUGGAAAAACCCUCAAGCCACUCCAUACGAUCAUUCCAUGCUUUGCAGAGAGCAGGCAGGAUGGUAGAAGCAUCUGGCUACAUCCCAUAGCCAGAAAUCAAAUUAUGAUAGCAGCACUGAGGCCCCUUUAGGACCUCAGUGCUGAUAUUGUUUCAUUUCUUCUCCAAUCGUGCCUUCUUGUCAUGGUUUCUGGGACUUAUCAGUAAAUCGGGGCAAGAAAAUCUUUUGGUGCUGCAGAAGAGGGAAUAGCAUACCAUCCCCCUCAGUACCUGAAGAAAGAUAUCUACUGUAUAUACAUAAGGGUCAAUUCUGUUUCUCACUAAAAGAAAGCUUACAAGUUCAGUGUGACGACAAUUUCUGUUUGCAUGCCCUAAGAAAACUACUUCUGUUAGUAUGGCCUGUAAUCCAGCAUCAUCUGCAUAUAUUGUUGAGUUUUCCUAAAUAUGAUAAUGUUAAUUUAUAGGUUUUUCCCUCAUCACUACCCAACAGUAGUAUCAUUCCCUAUCCAAAAAAACAGAGGAUCAGUCCUGAUCGUAUGUCAGAGAGAAAAAAUAAGCCUGAAAUCAGUUUCUACCUUCCAAACAAGUGAUGCAGGUUUUCAGUGUACAGCUAUACAGAUCACCCUUCUGAGUUAACAGACACCAUCCUACACACACUUGUUGAAUUGAGAUGGACACAACUAAGCAAUUUUUCACUACAUUUACAUACUAAAAGCAAAUAAAUUGUCUUUAUAGUACUAUGACUGAAUAGUAGAAGAAUAAUAAUAAUAAUAAUAAUAAUAAUAAUAGAAUAACAAUAGAAUAGGGGUUUUAUGGAAUCAAAAGUUGUUAUUUUGACUUAAUAAUGGUGACCUUGCACAGAAUAAAGACUUUGCAAAGAGUCAUUGGGGGAAAAGUUGAUAUUUCUAGUAUUCUUUACUUCAUAUUGCAACCACUGCCAGCUUCUGUAACCUAUUUCUUAAUUGAUACAUUCACUUGUGGAAGGCAAAGACCCUUUUUGUUCAGCUGGUACUUAAAAAUGUACCUAGAUCUGAGUCUUGAACUUGAGUAGCUAAAGAUGGAUGUGGGUGGCAUUUCUGCUCUGAAAGGGAGGAGAAGAAUCUUGUGAAUCAGUCCUUGCUAAAAUCCAAAAUGGUUUUGCAAAAACUGUUCCCUCUAAAUGUGUAAAAAUCUUCAGCCUUUUGACUGUAGUAUUCGAAAUAUUCAGUAACUUGGCAACUACCACAGUACAGCUUUCUUUCCCAACUCUGUUUCAAUUCGCUAUGGAGACUGUUGCCAUUUACUUUAACAACUCCCUCUUCAUUGAAGUUUAUCUGAAGGCUUACUGUCUGUCUAAUUUUUUAUAAUUGAUUUAAAAGAAUCAUCCCCUUCUAGGAUGGGUAUAGUAUGUGUGUGCUUGCUAGACAAAUGUUUUGUAGAAAUGUAUUUUGAUAGAUACUAUCGCUUGGAGAAAGUAAUAAAAAUGGUGCAAGUUAAACGAUAAUCAGGUUGGUGCCUUUAAUGCAAAGAAAAUCAUAGCACACUAAAAUAAGGAACAAUGUUGGUCUUUAAUUAAAUGUGUUGAAUUACUUUACUGUGCAAUCUUACACAUAGAUUUUUAAAAUGUUUUUUAAAAUGUAAGUUCUAUUGAGUUCAAUGAAGCUUACUCCCAAGUGAGUAGGCAUUGCCACUUUUCUUGGUUUUAUUUUUGAUAAGUUAAUAGUAGCUUUUGCUAUAGCUGAGUGGUUAAGUGCCAUUAUAUCAAGAAACAAAAAACGUAUCAGGCUAGAUGUAGCCAUAGCAGGCCAAAAGUACCUGCUCUUGUAGAAAAUGGCUUUUAAAUAAGGUGAUCCAGAUAUGGCCACUUAUCAUAUCAUAAAUUAUUAAAGUAUGAAAAGCAACUUACAGAUGGUUCAAAAAGCCUGUCAGCUUGUUCAGUUACUUAAGAUACUAUUUCCUUUUUAAUGUUUUUUUUUCUCUUUGCAGGACCAAUACUGCUAGAGCAGAAAGAUUCUGAGGGAAACUUUCCACUUGAUCAUAUAAACUGUGUGACUACUAAACAACAUCUUUUGAAUGUUGUUAAAAUAGAAGAGACAGCUGAGGAGUUUCAUGCUAAAGUUGAAAGCAG